GGAAAACCAGACCCAGAGAAUAGUGACCAAACCUUCUCGGAUUACUCUCCACUGGCUCCUCCCUCGCUCCCCCCACCUCCAGAUUUGCAUAAAAAAGGCCAAGAAAACGCUGGCCGGGCCCCAGCAGUGGCUCACUCUGCUCGCCCGGGUCGGAGCCCCCUGGAGCUAAGCGCGGACUUGCUGCGCGGAGCCGAACGCACAGCACCUCGCCGCCACAGUCCGCGCGUCCGGCGUCCCGGCGUUCCCACCGCCCGCUUCCCAGGCCCCGAGCCGCGCCGAGCGCAACGAGCGGGCCGGAAAGAGCUCCCGGCCCCUGCCGUCUCGCGCUUCCCCGCCUUGGCUCCCUCCGCCCCACCGGGGGUAGCGCGCCCACGAUGCCGCAGGGUCCCGGGUCGCUGCUGCUGCUCGUCCUCGCCUCGCACUGCUGCUUGGGCUUCGCGCGCGGGCUCUUCUUCGGCCAGCCUGACUUCUCCUACAAGCGCAGCAACUGUAAGCCCAUCCCGGCCAACCUGCAGCUGUGCCACGGCAUAGAGUACCAGAACAUGCGGCUGCCCAACCUGCUGGGCCACGAGACCAUGAAGGAGGUGCUGGAGCAGGCGGGCGCCUGGAUCCCGCUGGUCAUGAAGCAGUGCCACCCGGACACCAAGAAGUUCCUCUGCUCGCUCUUCGCCCCCGUCUGCCUCGAUGACCUGGACGAAACCAUCCAGCCGUGCCACUCGCUCUGCGUGCAGGUGAAGGACCGCUGCGCUCCGGUCAUGUCCGCCUUCGGCUUCCCCUGGCCCGACAUGCUUGAGUGCGACCGUUUCCCCCAGGACAACGACCUCUGCAUCCCCCUCGCUAGCAGCGACCACCUCCUGCCGGCCACCGAGGAAGCUCCAAAGGUAUGCGAAGCCUGCAAAAAUAAAAACGAAGAUGACAACGACAUAAUGGAAACUCUUUGUAAAAAUGAUUUUGCACUGAAAAUAAAAGUGAAGGAGAUCACCUACAUCAACAGAGAUACCAAAAUCAUCCUGGAGACCAAGAGCAAGACCAUUUACAAGCUGAACGGUGUGUCCGAGAGGGACCUGAAGAAGUCGGUGCUGUGGCUCAAAGACAGCCUGCAGUGCACGUGCGAGGAGAUGAAUGACAUCAAUGCGCCCUACCUGGUCAUGGGGCAGAAACUGGGCGGAGAGCUAGUCAUCACCUCUGUGAAGCGGUGGCAGAAGGGGCAGAGAGAGUUCAAGCGCAUCUCCCGCAGCAUCCGCAAGCUGCAGUGCUAGUCCCGGGGCCAUCCCCCGGGCUCUGCUGACCCUUUCCACUUCUGCUGUGGGACCUCAACACUCAUUUCCCAAGCACAGUCCCUGCAGCUCCAGCCCCAGCCUGGAGCGGCUCUCCCCUGUCUUUUGCACGUUUGCACCCCUGGCAUUUUCUGAGUUAUAAGGCCCCAGGAGGCCUCAGGAACAAAUAGUUGUUUCCACAUAAAGGAAAAACCCACCCAAAUCUUGUAGAAAUCUUCCAACUAAUAAAAUCACGAAGAUUUUUAUGAAGUUUUAAAAUAGCUCACUGAAAAGCUAGUUUUGAAUACGUGCAACUGUGACUUGGGUUUUAUUUUUUUUUGGUUGUUUGGUUUGGGUCAACCGAGUUUCACUUUCUGCUGAGGUUGCCAUAAUGUGCAAAUAGCUUUACUUUCCUAUGUGGCCCAAACUUUCACUUUUCUGUUGUGGGUCCAAAACCCAGUUGAGAUAAAGCUGGCUGUUAUCUCAACUUCUCUCUCAGCUCCAGCCUGACACUCAGCACCUAAGUCUUAUAACGAUUCACCUGUCAUUUUACAUCCCUGUUGGGAACUUACAACUCUAGCAUGUAUUGCAUUUUGCAUUUCCAGGUAGAGUACUUCCAUUUAUAAAAACCACAUUAACCACCGUAGCAUGAGUUCUUCAAAUAAAGGGCAAGACAGACUGAUGUUAUGAUUGACCCGAGUACUUUAAGCUUUUUUUACUUAAUUUUGCAAAUUAAACCAUUGUAGCUUACCUGUAAUAUACAUAGUAGUUGACCUGAAAAAGUUGUAAAAAUACUGCUUUAACCAACACUGUAAAUAUUUCAGAUAAACAUUAUAUUCUUGUAUAUAAACUUUACCUCCUGCUUUACCAA